UCCCGCCCGGCCCGGCUGCCCGAGUGCGGCGACCUGCGCGAUGUCCAGGGCGCCCUGGUCAACAACACGCACAAGUGUGUCUUUGACGAUCUCAGCGGCUCAGUAUCGCUCUCCUGGGUUGGGGACAGCACUGGAGUGAUUCUUGUCCUGACCACGUUCCAGGUACCUCUGGUGAUUGUGAGUUUCGGGCAGUCCAAGCUCUACAGGAGUGAGGACUAUGGAAAAAAGUUCAAGGACAUCACGCACCUCAUUAACAACACAUUCAUCCGGACAGAGUUUGGGAUAGCCAUUGGACCAGAAAAUUCGGGGAAGGUGAUUCUCACAGGGGACGUGUCUGGUGGGAGCCGCGGAGGGAAGAUCUUCAGAUCAUCUGAUUUUGCCAAGAACUUUGUCGAGACGGAUCUCCCUUUCCACCCGCUGACUCAGAUCACCUACCACCCCCAGAACUCGGAUUACCUGCUAGCCCUCAGCACUGAAAAUGGCCUCUGGGUGUCAAAGAACUUUGGGGAAAGCUGGGAAGAACUCCACAAAGCUGUUUGUCUGGCAAAAUGGGGAGCUAACACCACCAUCUUCUUCACCACCUACCUGAAUGGCUCCUGCACUGACCUCGGGUUACUGGAGCUGAAGAAAACAUCUGACUUUGGCAAGGUUUUCAAGACUAUUGGAACAAGAAUCUACUCCUUCGGGCUGGGGGGCCGCUUCCUCUUUGCUUCUGUGAUGACAGAGAAGGGUGGUACAAGGAGGAUUCAUGUCUCGCUUGACCAAGGCGAGACCUGGAAUAUGGCCCAGCUACCCUCGGUGGGCCAGGAGCAGUUCUACUCCAUCCUGGCAGCUAACGAUGAUAUGGUCUUUAUGCAUGUAGAUGAGCGUGGAGAGACUGGCUACGGCACAAUCUAUACCUCAGAUGAUCGGGGCAUCGUGUAUUCCAAGUCCCUCGAGCGGCAUCUCUACACAACCACUGGAGGGGAAACAGACUUCAUCAACGUGACCUCGCUGCGCGGCAUCUACAUCACCAGCGUGCUCUCGGAGGACAAUUCCAUCCAGUCAGUGAUCACGUUUGAUCGUGGCGGCGAGUGGGUGCCCUUGCGGAAGCCUCAAAACACCACCUGCGACUCCACUGCAAAGAACAAAGAGGAGUGCAGCCUUCACAUCCACGCUUCCUACAGCAUCUCCCAGAAACUGAAUGUGCCUAUGGUACCUCUCUCUGAACCAAAUGCUGUUGGCAUAAUCAUCGCUCAUGGCAGCGUGGGAGAUGCCAUCUCCGUGGUGAGCCCGGACGUUUACAUAUCGGAUGACGGGGGCUAUACCUGGGCCCGCAUGCUGGAGGGACCCCAUCACUAUGCCAUCCUGGACUCUGGGGGCAUCAUCGUUGCCAUUGAGCACAGCAGCCAGCCGAUCAAUGUGAUUAAGUUCUCCACAGAUGAAGGGCAAUGCUGGUACAAGUACACAUUCUCCAAGGAGCCCAUCUUCUUCACUGGACUAGCAUCUGAACCAGGAGCCAAGUCUAUGAAUGUCAGUGUCUGGGGCUUCAGAGGGAGCUUCCUGUCUCGCAAAUGGGUCUCCUAUACCAUUGAUUUCGCUGACCUCCUUGUCAGGAGCUGUGAGGACAAGGAUUACACCAUUUGGCUAGCUCACUCCAGCAACCCCACUAACCCCACUGAUGGCUGCAUCCUGGGUUACAAAGAGGAGUACCGGCGGCUCCGCAAAUCAUCGGUCUGUCAGAACGGCCGGGACUACAUGGUGACCAAGCAGCCAUCAGUCUGUCUCUGCACGCUGGAAGACUUCCUCUGUGAUUUCGGCUACUUCCGCCCAGAAAACCAGUCCAACUGCGUGGAGCAACCGGAGCUGAAGGGCCACGACCUGGAGUUCUGCCUCUACGGGAGGCGGGAGCUGCUGAAGACUAGUGGGUAUCGUAAAAUACCAGGAGACAAAUGUGAUGGUGGACAGAGCCCACCACGGGAGGUGACUGACCUGAAGAGAAAAUGCACAAGCAACUUUUUGAGCCCCAGCCAGCUGUCAGCCUCUUCCAGCUCCACACCCAUCAUUCUGGCUGUUAUAGGUGUGAUGCUCAUCGCGAUUGUAGCUGGAGUCAUCAUCAUUAAGAAAUAUGUCUGCGGGGGCAGGUUCCUGGUUCACCGCUAUUCUGUCCUGCAGCAGCAUGCAGAUGCAAAUGGCGUGGAAGGGGUAGAUACUCUGGACUCGGUCACCCCAGCUAAUAAAAGCGGUUACCAUGAUGACUCCGACGAGGACCUCCUGGAGUAGCAGCGCAUCGGCUGUCACCGGCACUGGGACAAAUGGGUUCGGACUCUGCCUCGGAUCUGCAGAACAGCAAAGCCGCCUACAGACCAUGCUCCUCUGCGACGGCUGCCUCUCCCAUUUCUGAGGGACAUCACCGUCCCAUUGCUUCCAUAGAGACUGUCCAAACGCAACAAAGCUGCAGGCCUGUCAGAGGGGGUUGGGGGGAACUGCUGCAGGGACCCAAGUGGCUCUGAAUCGGGGCUGGGAAGAUUUUAAUUUAACUUUAUUUUAAUGACUUUUUUUCCUGCUGGGGAAAAAAUUGGGGGGUUUUUUUGUUUUAUUUUGUUUUUAAGGAAAACAAAUCUGCUGGUGACAGGAGCAUUGUGCUCUGUGCUUGGUAUUCCUAGGUGCAUUUCUCCCUGCUGCAGGGAGAAAUCUCGUAACUCCAUUUUAACCUCUCAGACUGAUCUCUGCCAUGGCAUGUUCCUUGCUGACACUGCAGCAUUUGGAGCUCAGGCUGACCCCAGCGGUUGUCAGGACCUCAGACAGCUUAGCCAGUCCCUGUGGGACCCUGGGAAACUCGGGGGUUGCUUUUUAUUUAAUCUUGAGAGACUUGCCUAGCCAAAAGCAGUGUGGGAGUGGGGUGGAAAGCUGAAGUGAUACCAGGUUGGGAGCACUUGCUGCAGGUGGCCAUAUGGCUCCAAGGAUCCAGGCUGUGAAAAUGUUGUCUGCAAGUACUCGCUCGGGGCAAAUUGGAGUAGGAAGAGAGAGGUGGCUUUUUUUUUUUUUUAGUUCUAGGAAUAAAUGCAGCAGAAAGCUCCAUCCAAGCAAACCUCCCAUGCUUGUUUUUCUGCUCUUAGGGUGGUGGGAAUUGUCUGUUCCAGGUGGAUUUGCUGUAAGAGGACGUGUGCACAUGCAGCACUAUUGCUGGGGAUAAGAGUCCCCACCUUUGUUUCGUGGGGGCAAGUCACAAAAGACAGACCCCUUUUUUGUUUCUACCAUGAAUUAUUAUUUUUUCCUUUCCAAAGCAAUAUGAGAUCAGCUGCUUGUUCACUCUGCAGAGCUGCUGUUUGAAGUGGUCACGAUUGGCAGCUUGCAGGCACUCUGGUUAAUGUGUGUGGGAUCUUGCUGCCUCCCUUUCCCAUUGCCGUUCCGUUUGGAGGUGCUGAUGCCCCAGCAGCAGGCAUUUCUGCUUGGCUGACUGCACUAUGCAAUGCAUGUGUCCUUCUCAGAAAGCCCCAUGUCCUCGGCAUCUGACACCCCUUGGUGAUUUGUGUCAAGCCAGAAGUUGGAAUGGGCUUUAAGGAGGGCUUCUUGCUAAAGGGAAACUGUGAUAACUUCAUAUUUAUCAUUAAAAGGGAAUGAUCAGGAAUACCAGCCUGAUGCCACUAGUAUCUCUGAUCUUCAUACCUGACUUCUGCUGGGGGGUGGGGGCAAAAAGGGUAGGAGGGUGCUUUAAUGGGGCUGUCACUUGACUCCUGCAUUGGUGAGCUAUACCUUAGGCACUAAUGCAAAGAAUGAGGUUCAUGAGACUCUAAAGCACUUCUGUUUAAAAUGAGGUUGAUUUUUGAAAAUGAAUUCAUAUGUAUGGCAUUUUCCAUCCCCUCAUUCAUUCAGCAGCUUCCCCUUGAGUUAACAAGGGUUUUCCCUUGCUGAGUGAGUUUGAGAGGCAUCCAUAGUCCUGAAGUUUAUUGUUAUUUUGUUAUACUGGAGUUUUUCCUUUACGAACUUGCAGAAAAGGCCACAGCUUUCUUGUGGCCACUAGAAGGUGCCAUUUCUCUUGGUAUAACUGGGUGGUUCCCUCUAAAGCAGUGGAGUGGGUUUUUUUUUGAGGGGUAGGGCAGUGUUUCCCAACCAGUGUACCAUGGCAUAAAAGUGUGCCAUCAGAAAUGACAAAGUGUGCCGCAGAAUUUCACCAUGACAAUGAGCUACAAUAGGUAUGAGGAUGGGGAAUGCCUUAACAGGUGUGCUGCGGAAAUUUUUUAUUAAUGUAAGUGUGCCUUGGGCUGGAAAAGGUUGGGAAACACUGGGGUAGGGGGUUGCUUCAUGCAAGGUGGAUAAUCUUUAUCUAGCUAAUGCCGGGGGUUGCUCAGUGACUAGAAGGCAGAUUUGACAGGGGAAGCAGCCUGGUGUGUAAUGUAAUAGAGCAGAUGAGAGAGUCACCUGGAGAACUUGGUUUAGAAAAUCUUACAGUUUAAGACUGAACUGGGUUUUUGGAGGUGCUUUUCUCUUUCCUUUAGACUAACUAACUGCUAGCUCUGUGCAGCUGGCCAAAACUGGCAGUGGUAGCCACCUGCUGACAAAGAAAGAUGGAAAGAGGCCCCCCACACACAUCCACGAUUUAACCAAAAAACUGUUGCUCUUGGGAUGAUAAAUUUCCUGCAGACACUCACUGCCUAGGCUUCUGGGGCAGAAUCGGACUUCCCCACCUCGCCAAUGACUCUGGGCACAACCUCCUGCGAUGUCAAAGCAGGUUCCAUGCAGAUGAACUGGGGUGGCCUGGUCAGACCCGUGGCUACUUUAUUUGUGUUCUUUAGAUGAAGCCCUUUUGACUGCUUGUCUUUGCAUAGGCUGCAGAAGAAGCUGGUAAAUGUUGAAACUUUCACCCAACCCCCUCCCUUCCUCCUUGUCCUCCCCACCCUGCCUUAACAUGCCUGUAGAGGCCAGACACUGGCUGAUGGAGUUGAGCUCAUUCUUCCUCUGAGGAAGCCUGUGCAGCAAAGGGCUUACCACCAGCCCAGCAGAAAGGCAGUUGCCUUCCAGCAGGCAGUGGUGCAUCUCCCCAAGUCCCUGUGCCAUGCAACAGCAGCCUGCUAUCUCUCUGAGCAGUGCAUGCCCGUUGGGCUGCAUCUGUCCCCUUGCCAGUAGGUUGUUCCCCCAGGGCUGUCAAGGGGACACAGUCAUUGCAUGUGCUUAUGAAGCAUCAUCCCACUAUUGCCUUCGGCUCGUCAGCAUGCCUGCAAGGCAGAUCAAUACAAGGACUCUUCUCCAGGAGCCCUGCCAGUUAGAAGUAACCACAUAAUUAAAAGCCAUAGCCCUUUCACUCCCAUAUGGUAUCUCCACAAGGUCCAGCCCAUGGCAAGGUCCAGGGGAAUGGAACGGAGAUGUGUGUAGAGUUCUGUAAAUAAACCUGGAUGUGUUAUAACUUUGUACUGGUAUUUUUCUGUAUAUUUGCAAUAUUUGGGUUAGAAAUAAAAGCACCAUUGACUUUGUGUUA